AUAACGAAGCAGUACCAAGGGUUUUGUAAAGUUGUUGAAGGGGGGCGCUGCUCACAAUCGUACUCCUUCCAUUUACUUCAUACAAAUACCUUCUUCUUAAAACAUCAAUGGCCGCAAUCACCAAAUAAAGAAGAAGAAGUUUGUUUUACAAAGCAUCUGCUCACUAGUAUAGUAGUACUCCAAUCCAACUGAAAUCCAUCCAAAAGCUACCUUGAUAACAAUGGCAACUCUCGUUCCUCCACCUACAACUCCUCCACCGGCGCCGGCGGCGGAAGCUGUCAAGCCAGAGAAAGUUGAUUACAUGGACUUACCAUGCCCUAUUCCUUACGAAGAAAUCCACCGCGAGGCUAUGAUGUCCUUGAAGCCUGAUCAUUUUGAGGGUAUGCGUGUUGAUUUUACCAAGGGUCUUAAUCAGAAGUUUUCACUAAGUCACAGUAUUGUUAUGGGACCUAUGGAAGUUCCUUCUCAAUCUGCUGAAACGAUUAAAAUUCCUACUGCAAACUAUGAGUUUGGUGCGAACUUUAUAGACCCAAAGUUGAUGCUUUUUGGAAGGGUCUAUACUGAUGGGCGGCUAAGUGCUCGAGUGAAGUGCGACUUGUCUGAGAAUCUUAUUAUGAAGGCCAAUGCUCAGCUUACAAACGAGCCUCACAUGUCUCAUGGAAUGUUCAACUUUGACUAUAAGGGUACGGAUUAUAGGACCCAGUUCCAACUAGGAAAUGGUAACCUGCUUGGAGCUAGUUAUAUCCAGAGUGUAACACCUCACCUCUCUUUGGGUGGGGAAGUAUUCUGGACUGGUCAGCAUCGGAAGUCUGGUAUUGGCUAUGCUGCACGAUACAACACAGAUAAAAUGGUUGCUUCGGGACAAAUUGCUAACACUGGAAUGGUGGCUCUUAGCUAUGUUCAGAAAGUGUCCGAAAAAGUUUCUCUGGCAUCGGAUCUUAUGUACAAUUACAUGUCAAGAGAUGUCACUGCUAGCUUUGGAUAUGAUUAUAUACUCCGCCAGUGUCGGCUUAGAGGGAAGAUUGACUCAAAUGGCUGUACAUCUGCUUUUCUCGAAGAAAGGUUGAAUAUGGGUCUAAAUUUCCUUCUAUCAGCCGAGAUAGACCACAAAAAGAAAGACUACAAGUUUGGAUUCGGGUUGACAGUUGGAGAAUAGAUCGAACCCAGAUGCAAAACCUAGGAUUUACGCUCGUAUUUUUUAGUGACAUCACUUGUCGUACCCGAGGUAUGAUUUUUUUUUCAAAAAAUCAUGAUGGACAAAUAUCAAAAGAGUCAGUUUUGUACUUCUUUCGCACAGCAUUAUUUGUGGCGGCAAUUCCAGCUGCAAUGACAGUGUUUAGAGCAUAAUACAUAGAUGUCGAAAUUUGCAGCUUGGAUAUGUAAUUCAAUCGCUGUAGAAUGCAUCAUAAUGCAAAAUUGACGAUACAUUUCUUUGGCAUAAGUUAACGAGUGUCGCUCAAACGUCGCUUAGCGUCGUGACGUCUGCUGCA